AUGUUCAUUGCUCCAUCCGACGCACCAAUUCCGAUCAUCGAUCCAGUGGUAGACUCAAUCCUCAUCAAUUCUUCGCUUCCAACGGGCAUCACCAUUCCAGUGAAAGAAGGACACCAAGGGUUACUCAAUCCAUCCUCAUCGCCUCACACGGCUUCAUUCUGGAUCUGGUUCUACUUGACCAUACUCUGCAGCUUAUUGUGCCUUGGGCUGAAUUUCAUAUUCAGUGUCGUCAGUGUGAUCGAGCGACAUCGAACGUUCAGAAACUCCUUUCAUGCAAUAGUCCUCGUGUUCUCGAUUAGUGUUGUAGUGAGCAGCACUUGCAAGCUCAUCUACAUAUUCGUUGCCGGGCUUGCGGGUGUUCAGUCUGAAGGUUUCAACUGUUUCUCAAUCACAGUAGACCUGGCGAUUUCAUAUUUUUCCGCGCUUCUUAUAUUUUUCCUCGGUUUGAAUCGUUUUGCAGCCUUCUCUUCACCAUACCUCUACGACCGCAUAAUGGGAAGAGAGAUCCUUCACUAUACUUUACUUGGACUGCUGCUAUUUUCUGUUAUAGUCACGGUUGUUAUUUUCAAGAUUGGUGGCCUGCAAAGAACAUUCACUCAAAACGCCAUGGUUGACUAUGCUAAAAAUCGCAUUCUGGUUCAGGUAAGCGCAGGGACACUGAAGAAAGUUUGA